AUGGAAGAAGUAGCAGAAGGACUAUGGGGUUUAUCAAACUAUCACGAAAAUCGCGGCGAAAUCGCAAAAUCCAUAAAAUGUCUAGAAGCAAUUUGCCAAAGCGAGGUUUCGUUUUCCCCAAUUGUCGAAGUCAAAACCCGUCUUCGAAUCGCUUCAAUCCUUCUUCAUCAUUCUCACAACGCUAAUCACGCUAAAUCUCACCUCGAACGUGCCCAAUUGCUUUUGAAGUCUAUACCUAGAUGUUUUGAAUUAAAGUGUAGAGCUUAUAGUUUGUUGAGUCAGUGUUAUCAACUUCUUGGAGCUAUUCAACCUCAGAAACAAGUGUUGUUUAAAGAAGUUGUUGUGAGCCCCCUUUAUGUGUUCCUUACCUUCGUGAAAAGUUUACUUCGCUCUGACUUCCAUGUUGCUGCUCAAAACAGUUGGGUUCGCAAAGGUGGUGCUUAUACCGGGGAGAUUAUUGUUGAGAUGCUUGUAAAUUUGGAUAUCCCUUGGGUUAUUCUUGGCCACUCCGAGCGAAGGCAGCUUCUAAAUGAAACAAAUGAGUUUGUGGGAGACAAAGUUGCAUAUGCACUCUCACUAGGGAGGAAAGUUAUUGCUUGCAUUGGGGAGACUCUUGAGCAGCGUGAAGCUGGUACUACUCUUGCUUGUGUUUCUGAGCAAACAAAGGCAAUUGCAGAGAAAGUAUCAAACUGGGAUAAUGUUGUUUUGGCCUAUGAGCCAGUUUGGGACAUUGGAACAGGAAAGGUUGCAACUCCUGCUCAGGCACAAGAGGUCCACGCUGCUUUAAGAAAAUGGGUUCACGACAACGUGGGUGCUGAAGUUGCCGCCUCUCUAAGAAUCAUCUAUGGAGGCUCUGUAAAUGGAGGAAACGGCAAAGAAUUGGCAUCACAGGCUGACAUUGAUGGAUUUUUGGUUGGUGGUGCUUCCUUGAAGCCGGAGUUCGUUGACAUCAUCAACUCUGCCACUGUGAAGAAGAACUGA